UACUAGCGUUUUUUUUUUUACAAAAGUAUCUGUACUUCUAUUUGAGUAUGGAAAGUGUACUUUUACCAUCUCGAUGAGGCCUGGUGGGCAGAGGUGAGGGGGUCAAAGAUCGGCCUACAGACUGGGAAAUGUUGCCCUUGGUGGAGACCGAUGUCUUAAUAAAGAUGCUGAUGCUACACCAGACUGUAAUGCUGGGGAACACUGUCAAAGCAAGUGAAAACAAACGAACACACUCAGAGACACGCAUGCAUACACACACACAGAGAGAGAGAGAGAGGGGAGAUGUGCACCAGACAUACCCUACACACACGCAUACACAUACACAGAGAGAGACAUACCCUAUCUUCUGUUCUGAUCAAUUAACAGACAGAUUAUAAGAGAGAAUCCAAAACUUCACUGCAAAUCUAGUCCCUGAUGCUCUGUCACAUGAAGGCUACACAGGAAGAAGCACAACUUGAAAAACUGAUUCUUAAGAAUAGUUGGUUGGUCCGUUCUCUUCAUAAUCUCAAUUUCAUCAUCAUUUUCCUGAAAUAGUUCUCUGAAUCACUAGGAAAUCAUCCACGUGAUGUCGAGUCAUUACUUUUUGGCACUUUCUUCAAGUUUUGUGUUUCGUGGCGGUAGGCGUGUAAGUUACAGACAUGAGCAUUUUAUAGCAAAGAGAGAACCUUUCAAGAGUAUGUGAUGUUAAACUACGAUCGCUAAAUCUCCACUCUUGAGUCCAGCUGUGAUGGGCUGCACAUUCCAACUGUCAGUUUCUUGAGCGCAGUUCCUCUGAAUGAAGUUAAGAAAGGAGGAAGUAAUUCAUUUUUUCCGACUAUAACCAUUUGACUACUGUCAAGGAAGGACAGAUUGUUAGAAGUAGCCUUGCCGUGAAGUUCAUUUGGUUUGAGAUAUUUUUGCUUUUUAAACAUGUGUACAUCUGCUUUGGAGGCCGCUGAGUUAACGAAACUACACCCGAUGUGGCAGGGUCCGUUGGCUGUCCCGGGGGGAGACCGCCAAUCGCCCAUCGAUAUAGCGGUGCGCAAGACUCAGUGGGAUCGGCAACUCAAGCCACUGGAGAUUAACUACGACCCACGGACCUGCCAACAAAUCUGGAAUAACGGUUACUCUUUCAUAGUUGAAUACGACGACACGACCGAAAGAUCAACUAUUAAGGGAGGACCAUUGGAAGACCAGUUUAGACUCUGCCAAUUCCAUUUCCACUGGGGCGAGUCCAAUGCUUGGGGGUCUGAGCACUCCAUAGACCGACGGCUGUUUCCUGCAGAGCUUCAUCUGGUCCACUGGAACUCUGACAAGUACAGUCUGUUUGAGGAGGCCGUGAUGGAGGAAAACGGCCUCGGUGUCCUUGGAGUCUUCCUCAAGUUAGGGAAGAGGCACGAAGGCCUGCAGAAACUUGUGGACGCUCUACCUGCUGUCAGGCACAAGGACAGCGUCGUGGAAUUUGGCCGCUUUGAUCCCGCUUGCUUGCUGCCAGAGAACACGGAGGACUACUGGACUUAUGCCGGGUCACUGACUACACCCCCCCUUACGGAAGCGGUCACCUGGAUGGUCAUGAAGCAGCCAAUUGAAGUCAGCCAUGACCAGUUGGCUGUGUUCCGUAGUCUACUUUUUACGUCGGCGGAGGAGGAGGUCCAGAGGAGUAUGGUGAAUAACUUCCGGGUGCAGCAGCCUCUGUGCGGCCGGAGCGUCCGCUCAUCCUUCAACCCCUUCCACCACGGGGACCCCCCUGCCCUCUAAAGCCCCCGUCCAUGGAUAUGCUGUCCAAUCCCGUGAGGACUUUGUUUGCGAGACGUCCCUUCCGACCAAUCACCUGUCAGCAUAUCAAGAAGGCAGCCCAUCACUCCAGUGGCUCUUAUUGGUGUCAUGACCAGGAAAUUCUGCCAUCAGACCUCAAGAAAAUUAGCUUAUGUUGUUUCACAGGCUUUGAAACUUUUAAUAGUUCUUAUUGGUUUUUAGGAUUGUAGUGGUUUAGGAAUAGGAACUACCAUUUGCUAGAAUGUUCUUUUAUCAGUAGCUUCAUUCAUCUGAGUUCUGAAUGCUUCUAGGACUUACUUACAAGGACUGGCAAACCUAUCUCUAUGCAUGUUUGUGUGAGUUGUGCACUUGAUAGAGGGCACCUUGUAGCCUGUAGCAGAGUUAUAGCGCCCUCUAGUGUGCUGGUCUGCACACAUACAGUCACCCUUAAGUUGCCUCAAUCAAAUCAAACAGCAUUUUUAAUGUCAUUUUUUUAAAUACUUACAACACUAUUGGCAGCUUCCUGCUCACUUCCAGCCUUUUCUAAUGAUGUCUCCAUAUCUAUGCCCUUCACAUGCUCGCCCACUCACUCACACACUCACAUACUCUACUGAAGCUGUUGAGUGCACAAGAGUGAUCGGUGAAGCAAACGCACAUACACACACACACACACACACACACACACACACA